AUGUUUUGUUGUUCAUGCGGAACUGCUGUUUUACACGAAGCAAAUUAUUGUCACGAGUGUGGUUCAAGCAUUAUCAAUCAAAGCGCCGAGGAUAUUGAAAACAAUCUCCCAAAUAUUAUCGAAGGCUAUUUUAAUAGAGGUUAUCAGUAUACCCCAAUUCUUGGCCUGCUUGAAAAGUAUCAUGGCGUGAAGAUCCAUAUACGUACACUUAAAAGAAAACUACGCAAGUACGGUUUAAGGCGAAGGGAAAGCAAUUACGAUGAAGCAACUGUUCGUGAGCUUAUCACCAGAGAGAUGCAGGAUGCUGGAAAACUUGGAGGUUAUCGAUACAUGUGGCAUGCCUUACGAUUGAGACAUCAUAUUAGUGUCCCACGCAGAGUUGUUACCACUAUUAUGAAGGAAAUUGACCCUGAGGGUGUCAGGGAACGAAGAGCUAGACGUAACUUCAUAUCGUUUGGACCUAAUUUCACUUGGCAUAUAGAUGGUAAGUGUUGCGUUUUCUUGGCAUCGGCCAUCGUGAAACAUGUUCCUAUGUUCAGUUAAAGUAUGUACAUUAUAUAGGUCUGCUUUGGUCCUACCACACCAAGGUGACAAGUUGCAAUGAUUGCACAACUGGUCCAUGCGAUUUGUUGCCUUCUGUGACCAAAUUUGGCAAGCCCGGUGUUAUCUAAGGCGCUUACGCAGCAUUUUAGAGUUUAUUUAGUUUGAAUUGGGUGGUUGGAAAAACAAUACGUAAUAACUAAUCCGACCCCCUAAAAGUGUCUAAAUGUUUGGUCUCAUGUUGUAUUAAAAUGACAUUUCGCUUAUACCACCCCCUCCCCCCAAGUUGCCUUUUCACUUCAAGGACAGUGAAAACAAAAUUUUAUUGUCUCAUUUGAAAGAAAGUUUAAAGUAAUCUAUAUAUAUAAUCUUGUUACAGAUUUUUCGGUAUCAAGCUUAACUCUUUAACUCUUUGUUUAAUUUUUUGACUGGAAGUUAUGACCUGUCGAUGACCAUCUUCAAUUAAUUCUUAACGUCAUUAACUAUUGUUUUGAUGGCAUCUGGAGUGGGGUUAGGCGUAAAAAAAAAAUACCUGUGGUUCCGGUUCCUGACCGACCCUAAUUUUUUCUGCCGACCCUAUUAUUUUUUUAACACGAUUGACCGUGCGACCCUAUUUUCUCCAGGUGGUUGCGGGCUGCUCAUACAGCGUGCCAAAAUGGCGUCUGUUGUAACACUAAUUAUUGAACCAAAUUGCCUAAAUUCGUCCAUAGGAAAUACGCAUCUCUAGUUAAUAUUGAUGUUGGGUCAAUACUGCAAAUCGCCCAGCAAAAAACCGCCAAAACCAUGAACAAAAUAUUAAAAAAAAAAAAUUAUUUCCGACCUACCGACCCUAAUUUUUUCACGAAAUGAAACCGGAACCACAGGUAUUUUUUUUUACGCCUUAGCCUAAUAUAUAAAAUUACAUCUCGUAAAUUCAGUAACAAUUAAAAGUUGUUUAAUUGAAAAUGCAUGUUUUAAUUAAAUUUAAAAUUUGAAAUAGCAACCAAAAACAUGUUUCAGGUUCAUGUUGUUCACUGGCUGCCAAGAUAAAAACACUUGUGUAACUUCAUUUGUGAUGUAAUAUGCAUAUCCUCAAUAAUCCCAGAUUGCUUUCAGUAAAAAUAUUUCAACAAUCAUGCAAGAUUAAAAAAUUCGUAACAAGAUAUUUUGUAGAUAAUUUUAAACGUUCUUCAAAUGAGACAAUAAUGUGAUUGCCCUUUGAUGUUAUUUUAUAGGUUAUAACAAGCUGAAACCCUAUGGUUUUCCUAUUCGUGGGUGCAUUUGCGGUUUUAGUAGGAGGAUUAUUUGGUUACAGCUUGUCAAGUCAAAUAACAAUCCCAAAGUUAUUGCACAGUUGUACCUUGAUACAGUUAUGUCAUUGAAAGGUUGUCCGCAGAUUCUGCGGUCCGAUUGUGGGACAGAAAAUGUUAUUGUUGCUGGAAUGCAGGCAUAUUUUAGAGCUACUGGAAAUGAUGAAUUUUCAGGUGCAAAAUCUCACCAGUACGGAUCGUCGCCUUCUAAUCAACGAAUUGAAGGUUGGUGGUCAUUUUUCCGAAGGAGUAACUCUGGGUGGUGGAUAAAUCUGUUUAAAGACAUGUGUGAUUCUGGUGUUCUUGAAUUAGGCAAUGAGUUCCAAAUGCAUUGCUUGUGAUUUCGUUACUCUAAUUAAGCUUAUUCAAGAUGAGCUUGACAAGGUAAAAGAUCAAUGGAAUAGCCAUUAUAUAAGGAGGUCAUGUCAUGACACUGUACCUGGCGUUCCUGACAUUCUGUAUUACUUACCAGAGCAAAGUGGUGGUAGUCUUGAUUGCCUUUUUCCUGUCUCACAAGGAAAAAUAGCCGAAGUAGAAGAGCAAUGCGAGCAAGAUGCAAUAAACAAUCCAUAUCAAGAAUAUUUUGAGCAUGUUUUGGAAAUGCAAAACUUGGAAUACCCUGCUAGUACUGACGAUGCUUUUGAAUUAUUCCAACUCUUUAAAGACUUGCAGCAUAAUUAA